AUGAAUUACCGUAUCAAGAAAAAGUUCGGAAAACUUAACACCAAACAGUGUAAAGCACUCGCAAAACAUGGUGGCAGGUGUAAGAAGCGCGCAAAGAGUUCCGGCUCAUAUUGCCAACAUCACAAACACCUUAUGCUGGAAAAGGAUAAAGAUCUCCCCCCACGCCUAAUCGAAAGUCAAAAUGAGGGAGGUCCUACAUUAGUGGUGCACGAUAUCACACCAGAUGAGAUGGAUAUGUCUGACAGCACUGUAUCGAGCGUUCCACUUGAAACGAAUUCUGAAGAUGAUGCACCAAUGCGGGAUACGCCAAACUCGGAUGCCGAGCCAUCGUCAGCCAGCCCUUACCAAAAUGGCUCUCAACGACAAGCUUCAGUGACCGAAGAAGUUAGUACCACGACGCCGACCGGACUCACUGAGGGCAAUGACAAUACUGGCGCAAACUCAUACCCACCAAGGAGUCUCGACUCCCCACCCGAGGUUGACUUCGCGGAAAAGGAGGCUAAACGAAGUAACAACGAAAACACUGGCUUCUAUUCAUCAAUCAAUCAAAACAGUGGAAACACGAUGAAUAUGAACUGCGGGAACACGAUGCAACAGAAUUGCGGAAAUACCACGACGAAUAACGAUUCCUCACGAAAUAUUCGUGUGGCUCGACAAUAUAAAACCGUCAUCAUCAAUAAGUACGGCGGGUUCUUCAAAGAGGAUGACCCGAUUAUCGAACAGCUGGUGCGAAAGGCAGCAGCUGAGAUGAGGAAUUUUAUUCAACAAUACAAUGUGCCUGCUGGCAAAGAAACGGCCAUGGUGGAACUGGCAUUAUUUGAUAUGGUUGUUGUCUGUGAUAAUAGUCUCUCUAUGUAUAAGUACAAGAAGGCCAUGCAAAGGACAUUGCGAGAACUUGUCAAGAUCUCUUCUCUUCUCUUGCCAAAAGGAAUUACGAUCCAGUUUCUCAAUACCAACGGCGACAAAAAGGAUCUGUACGAGAACAUAAAUACGGGCGAUAAAGUGGACAAUAUAUUCAAGGAUGCUAGUUUCCUCGAUAUCAAGAGAGUGGUUUGGAGCUCUCCAGAGAUAGGCGACGUUGUCAAUCGGGAUAUUGUCCAUCCUAUGAUUAUUAGAAAGGCCCGUGCAGGGGAGCUUAAGAGGCCGGUGAUAACUAUAAUGCUUACUGACGCGGAGAUACGUUCAGCUCAAGGCCGGGAGACACUCAAAUCAACCAUUCGCUCUUGUAAAAAUGCACCUGACCUGAAGGAGUACGGUGACAAAGCAGCACUCUUCGUCCUCUCUCGAGUGGGAAAUAAUAAACGAGGAAAGGAAUUUGUCAGUCAACUGGAAAAGGACAGUUCAAUCAAUGAUAUGCUACACUGUUCUCCAGAUAGUCUGGAUAAGUGGUUGGCAGACUGUCAGAAGAUUGGCAAUGAAAACAAGUAUACAGGAAAGCUCAUUGAACUUUUUCUUACUGCCUUGGACCGCAAUGGAACUGCCUGA